GCGGUGGGCCCGCCUUCUCCGCCGCGGAUUGGCCGGUGGCGGGAGCUGUCGCUCGCGGUUGUAUCUGGGAAGGAGAGAAAAUGGCGGCGGAGCCGAGCAAGACCGAAAUCCAGGCUGUUUUUAAGAGGCUUCGUGCAAUUCCCACCAACAAGGCUUGUUUCGACUGUGGCGCCAAGAGCCCGAGUUGGGCCAGCAUCACGUAUGGUGUAUUUUUGUGUAUUGACUGCUCCGGAGUGCAUCGCUCCCUGGGUGUCCAUCUCAGUUUUAUCAGGUCGACAGAGUUGGAUUUGACCUGGAGCUGGUUGCAGCUGAGGUGUAUGCAGGUCGGCGGGAAUGCCAAUGCGACUGCUUUUUUCCGCCAACAUGGAUGCAUGGCCAAUGAUGCUAACACCAAAUAUAACAGCCGAGCUGCCCAGAUGUACCGAGAGAAAAUUCAGCAGUUGGGGAGUGCAGCUCUGGCGAGGCAUGGCACUGAUCUUUGGAUAGACAGUAUGAACAGUGCUCCUAGUCACUCUCCAGAGAAGAAAGACUCUGAUUUCUUCACAGAACACACUCAGGCCUCUGCCUGGGAUACAGCAGCCACUGAGCCUUCAGGGACCCAGCAACCAGCACUACCUUCAGAGAGCAGUAGCCUGGCACAACCUGAGCAUGGUCCUAACACCGACCUCCUUGGAACCUCACCCCAAACCUCUCUGGAGUCCAUGUAUCUGUCAGCUAAAGGGGCCUCUUCUGCCAGAGAACUGAAAAGCUCCAUUAUUGGCAAGAAGAAGCCAACAGCAGCUAAGAAAGGGCUGGGUGCCAAGAAAGGCCUGGGAGCUCAGAAAGUGAGCAACCAGAGCUUUACUGAGAUUGAGCGGCAGGCCCAGGUGGCAGAGAAGCUCCGGGAGCAGCAGGCAGCUGAUGCCAAGAAAGAGGCAGAGGAGUCCAUGGUUGCCUCCAUGCGUCUGGCCUACCAGGAGCUCCAGAUUGACCGCAAGAAGGAGGAGAAAAAGCUACAGAACCUUGAAGGAAAGAAGCGAGAGCAGGCUGAAAGGCUGGGCAUGGGCUUGGUGUCUCGAAGCUCCAUCUCCCACUCUGUGCUGUCUGAGAUGCAAGUGAUUGAGCAGGAAACCCCACUGAGUGCAAAAUCUUCCCGGUCACAGCUUGACUUGUUUGAUGAUGUUGGAACUUUCGCCUCCGGACCCCCAAAGUACAAGGAUAACCCCUUUUCCCUGGGAGAAACUUUUGGUACCCGCUGGGAUUCAGAUGCGACCUGGGGUAUGGACAGGGUAGAAGAGAAGGAACCCGAAGUAACCAUCUCCAGCAUCCGGCCCAUUUCAGAAAGAUCCACCAGCUGGAGGGAAGUGGAGAGCCGGAGCUCAGGGCUUGAGUCCAGUGAAGCGCGUCAGAAGUUUGCAGGAGCCAAAGCCAUCUCAUCUGACAUGUUCUUUGGUCGAGAAGUGGAUUCUGAGUAUGAAGCCAGGUCUCGGUUACAGCAGCUCUCGGGCAGCAGUGCCAUCAGCUCUUCAGACCUUUUUGGGGACAUGGAUGGAGCUCAUGGAGGAGGAACUGUAUCUCUGGGGAACGUACUUCCUACAGCUGACAUUGCCCAGUUUAAGCAGGGUGUCAAGUCUGUGGCUGGCAAGAUGGCUGUGCUGGCCAAUGGUGUGAUGAAUUCCUUACAGGAUCGCUACGGUUCCUACUGAUCCAGGCUCCAUGGCUCAAGCCUGUGGUGGUGACAGCAAGAACCCUGAUUCCCAGGCCAGGGUUGCUCGCUUUGUGAAUCUGGGCAUUUGUUGACUUUCCGUGUGUGGUGUAUGAGUUGGGUGGCUUUGGAGGAUCUUGGGCAAGGGGAGUGGUCAGCAUCAGCCCUUGUCCUUUGCCUGUGCAGUGAGUCCUUGUCCUCGCCCCUCAUUCUCCUCUCCACGCUAGUGUUCUUCCUUCCAGUCCUGCUCCAAAGCUGCUGCUACUUAGCCUGCUGCACUGGUAGUGAGGGAAGGAGUUCUAUCAGGAUGACUUUAUGGGUCUAGUUCUUCCCCAAGUAGGGAAGGCAUAAGGCUUCUGCGGGCUCUAGGAUCCUUGUUGGUGGUCUGGGGAGUCUGGGCCUUGUCUUCUAGAGACAGGGGAGGUCUAGCAAGAGUUGUGCUGUAUCAGCCCUCAGGGAGAAGUUCUGGACUUGCCACUGCUGUUAUGUCAGUGGAGGCAUGAGUAAGGAGAAGGACCCUGGUAACUCACUAAGGGCUAGAACUUUUGCUUGGCUCCUAAAGUGUUUAUUUAGGAUCAGCCUGGAGGCUUGAGCAAUCUUCCUUUGUCACCGCUGUCCCUAGGCUGACUUCUGCCUAGGUGUCUGAAAACCUUUAUCUACCAUUAUUGUGGGUCAUAGCACCCCUUGUCUAUGCUUGAGAGUCUAUUCUUUUGUGUCCUGCUUGGCACCCAUGGCGGGUCCCACCUGUGUGUCCUACCUGGAUGCUAGGAACCUGCUACUGGCUGAGGAAGCUGAGGCUCUGGAGAAGACCCUAGAGCUCAGCUUUCGUCCUCUGCAUCAUUCUGGGUUUAGGGGUCCUGAACAGCACCCCACCAGUCGGUGAGAGCUGGAGGACUGGCAGCUGGGCCAUGCACUGUCAUCCUGGUGCCGUCUCCCCUGCCGUGCCGGCAGUCUGGGCCCAGCUUCACCUGUGGACUGCAGGUUGGGCUCCCAAACAACACAGACCACUCUUCCCUUAGCCUCCCCAAAGGGGGGCAUGACUUUCUUUCAGCACUGUUUGUAUUGAAACAAAGUGGUGUCAAAAUAAAGCCCCCACGGGGCACUGUGGGUCAGUGUCCUCUC